UAUUAUUUCAUUUCAACACUCUGAUUCAACUCACACAAAGUCAAUGGUAGUACCUUUGAAUUAUAUUUAAAGGGUUUUUGACUAAAAAAAGAUCAAUGGCUGGCAUCAAAAAACGAAUAGCUGUUCUUGGAGGUGGUAUAGCUGGAAUCUACUCAAUAAUUUGUUUGAAUGAAGAAGGCAUUUUUGAACCAAUUUGUUUCGAAAAAACAGACAAACCAUUCGGGACCUGGUGUUAUAGAGAAGAAGUAAUCGAUGGUGUAUCGUGUACCAUGUCUACAACAAUCAUUAAUCACAGCAAAGAAAUGGGCGCUAGCAGCAAAUUUCCACCUCCGAAAGAAUUCAACAAUUUCAUGAAGCAUAGCGAACUGUACCAAUACUUCACGAAUGUUGGUGAAGCAACAGGCGCACUGAAGCACGUCCGGUACAACAUGGAAAUCGUAAAUGUACGAAGAGCUGAUGACUACGAUGAAACUGGUAGAUGGGUUGUUACAGUGAAGAACACAGUUACUGGAGAGGAGUCCACCGACAUUUAUGAUGGUGUUCUGGUAUGUACUGGACAGUUUACAAAGAAAGUAAUGCCAACGUACAACGGUCAAGAUUUUUUCAAAGGCGAAAUUUCACAUACGCAUAGUUUGAGAGGAAUUGAAAAAUAUCGAAACAAAAGAGUGAUUGUUGUGGGCAUGGGAUGCUCUGGAUUGGAUGCUGCAGUAGAAAUCAGUAACAUUGCAAAGCAGGUAUAUCUUAGCACACGCUCUGGAGCGCACGUUAUUCAACGGGUUGGACCACAUGGAUAUCCAUUUGAUUAUCAUUUAGUAAGACGUUGCAUAUUCCUUUUAUUUGAUAUACUUCCAUCUAAUGCAGUGAGCUGGCUUUUUGAGUCUCUUUUUAUGGAUCCACAAUUCAACCACAAUUUAUAUGCUAUCAGACCCAAAUAUCAUAUUUUGUCUAAGGAUCCAGUUAUAAAUGAUCAUCUGGCUUCGAAAUUGUUGUCGGGAUCUGUUAUUCAAAAACCCGAUAUCCAUUGCUUCACAGAGGAUGGUGUCAUUUUUGAAGGAGAUACUGAAGUCACCAAAGCUGAUGCUGUUAUCCUGGCAACCGGCUAUGUAUUGAAAUUUCCAUUCUUGGAAGAUGGAACUGUAAUACAGAAAAAAGGACGAAUUGAUCUUUACAAAUGUGUGUUUCCAGCGCAAUUAAAACACGGGACUCUCGCUGUAAUAGCCUCAGUUCUUCCAUUUGGGCCAGGAUUUCCAGUAGGAGAGCUUCAGAUUCGAUGGGCAGUUCAAGUGUUAGCUGGUAAAUGUAAACUUCCACCACCGGAAGUAAUGCUGAAAGAAGCAAAAGACAGAUACGAUAAGAAUUUAAAAAGAUAUGCUCCCAGCGAGAAAAUGUCACUUAGAAUAGAUUACAUACAAUACUGCGAUGACAUAGCUUCUGAAAUCGGAGCAAAGCCAAAUUUGGUGAAAAUGCUUUUCACGGACACGAGACUGUUUUUUAAACUGUUUUUUGGACCCCAUCUACCUUAUCAGUACAGACUUCAAGGGCCUCAUUCUUGGGAUGGUGCUAGGGACGCUAUUAUGACAGCAGAAGAAAGAAUAUUCUACCCAUUAACAAAAGGAGCUUCAAGGACAGAUGGGGAAAAUAUGUUGCUGAAGCCUAUAUUGAAAAUUUUGAGAUCAAUUUUUUAUUAAAUAUCAUUGAUCUUUUUAUAGAAGGACUUUUUUUUCAUAAAUAUCAUCAUUUGUAAUGAAUUCCAUAAUUUAAAGCAGCCUCCAAUAAUUAUGCAUCAGUCAUCAUAAAAAUGCAUUAAUAUGUCAGUAUUUAAAAUUUAAGGAGAAAAGGAUAAUGAUUUUGAAAUGCAUCAGUUUUUCUUUCUGAUAAUGUAAAUAAAUCUAAAGCAACUAUUGAGAAAUUUGAGAAAUAAAAAUUGAAUGUUCAUUUAAAACUGUUAGUUUUAAUUUUCAGUAUGGAAUGUAUUGUUUUCGUCUUGAUCUCUGUUUUUUAUAUUUGUAUAUUAAUUUUCUGUUUUAUUCUAUGCUAAACUCAAAGCGAAUGAUUCCUUUUAUACGAAAUUUAUAACUUUAUUGAAAUUAUCAUUACCAAUUUUUCUUUAAUAAAAAAAU